GUCAUAAUUGCGAAAUUAGGGUUCCGCCAGUGGCCCCCACUGUGUUUGGCCCCACAUUGCGAUCAGAGAAUGCAGCUCUAGAUGCGUUGAUUUGCUAUCUGAUGAUGAAGUUGAAAGUUUGUGCUCCUGCUUCAAUCCAAGGAAGGGCGCCUCAAAGCGUAGAGGAUUGUUUCAAAUGUUCGUCUCUGCAUCCAUAUAGAUAAGAACUUCGCGUUCUUAUUUAGCUGUUUGGGGCCCAAGAUUUACGUUCUUAGCUGUCUGGUGCUUAAAUUCCAAGCUGCCCAAUUGUCGAUUCAGCAUGGCAUAUUGACUAAGCUAGUGGUUGUUGAAUCCAGAAACCUGGAGCAGGCUCUUCUGCAAGUAAGAGAGAGCCCCAGCAUCCUUUUCAAAUUACCUCCUGCUCGUGACUCCUCACACACAUGGCGGAAACCUCUGCCCUUGCCGCUGGAAAAGCCUCUCACAUUUCAAGCACAGCCAGCGCGCGGCGCAAUGCACUUGAGCCUGCUUCCAGAAGCUUUUGCUUUUGCCUGCAAUCAAGGUCUUUGGAUAGGAUAAGGCGACGGAAUGGAAAGCAUUGGGAGCUUGCUUCCAGCUAUUCUGAGCAAUUGCCUCAUCUGAGGACGAAAGGGUCCUCCGAAGGAAGGAGCCAAGCGAGGGUACUGAGCUGUCGAGCUGGUCCUCCAAGGGCAAAAAACAGCAUCGCAAAUCAGGAGCACCCCCGCCAGGGCGAGAUCUACCAGGAGACCGCAUGGCUCGUCCCCCCCUACGACACCGACGACUCCCCGCCCCUGCCAGUUUUCCCGAUGCUGUCAGCAACGGGGAUUUCGCUCUCAGUCUGCUUGUACGAGUUUCUGAGGCAGCAUUACUGGCUGCCGAUCGGUGCGCCCUCGCUGCUGCUCCCCAACGAUGCGCACAUCUUUGUGGGGACGCCGCUGGGCUUUCUCUUGGCGCUGCGCCUGAACAACGCUUACGAAAGGUGGAUCCAGGGCCGGAACUGCUUCGACCAGAUCACCACCAGCAUCCGCAUCUCCGCUGCCACCCUAACCCUCCCCCUCGUCGAAACGGAGCGCGAGGAGCUCUCCCAACUGCUCAACACUCUGAAGGCGUUUGCGCUCGCGGCUCGGGACUACAUCCGGCGGGACAACGUGGAUUCCGGAGCGGAUUCCGCCCCACGGAUGGCCCGAAACAUCGGGGCGCGGGAGGGGGUCAUGGACGACGCGUCCUCGCUGCUUGACCCGUCGGAGAAGGAGAUUGUGGAGGCGGCACGGAGCCCACCGAUUGCAAUAAUCAACGGGCUCAGAUUGCGGAUACGGGACCUCGUGGCAGAGGGGAAAAUUGCGGGGUCCGACGAAGGACGCGUCAACGAGCAACUGAAUGUCCUUGUUACGGCUGUCACGAGCUGCGAGCGGCUACUCACGACACGGAUGCCGUCAGCGUUCAUCAUGCAGUUGCGCACGCUUCUAUUGUUAUGGCUAUGCACGCUGCCCUUUGUGUUAGUGCGGGCUUUAGGGCCCGAAAUUGCCAUUUUUGCUCACUUUGCGGUAACGUGGGGGCUCUUGGGCAUAGAAGCUGCGGCACAGACGUGCGAGCAGCCAUUCGGUUACGAAUACAAUGAUCUGCCACUCAAUCGCUUGUGUGACGAGUUGUGUAGGGACAUCGACUCCAGCGCUAAGUCUGCGCAAAUGAGAGCGAAUGCACGCUUGAAAGAGGUGGGGAACUCUUGAAAUGAUCCAGACAUGAUUGAUGAACGAAACGGCAAACUUUGCUCUUACGCCAGAGUGCAGACUCGAAGAGAUCCAGAGAGAGGUUGCGGAGUAGGAGCGUCGCCAAAGCCAAAGCAUCCGACAAUGUCAAGGUUCGUUGGUCGACCUCAACGGUUCUUAGUAGGCAGCCGUCAUCUCUUAGGCAAAACUCGGCCUUUUAUAUCGGAUCUUGGUCGACUGAUUGUACGGGAACCGUUGGCUAUACUCAUCAUUUUCCUCCAACGUCGCCGCUUGGUAAUCAACAUUGUUAAAGUCAUCAAAGAUGUCUAAGAGUGAUAUUAUUGUCCGA